AUGAAAAGGGCUGUUGUUUUUAAUGUAUUUCAAGGAAACAACGUAAAAAGAGAAUACAAGUUUAUAACGCUUUAUCAGACUACUUCACAAUUUCCACAAAUAUACACGAGAAUAUCUAUCUAUCUAUCUAUCUAUCUAUCUAUCUAUCUAUCUAUCUAUCUAUCUAUCUAUCUGUCUGUCUUCUCGCUCACGCUUGUGCGCAUGCGUGCCCACAUGCACAUUCAUAUAUUUGUAAUUGAAACUUGUCAUACAUUUCACGAGAAUUUCUAUCUAUCUAUCUAUCUAUCUAUCUAUCUAUCUAUCUAUCUAUCUAUCUAUCUAUCUAUCUAUCUAUCUAAACAACUAUUUCAGGAGAAGAUGUUCUUUGCUUUUCUUUCGGUUUUUGACAGCUUUGGGAAGCUUUGUCUGUCUCUCCUCCACCGAACUGUCUCUGUCCACGCGCAGGCGCUUGAUUAUAUCAACUAUUCCCCACCUUCAUCAAUCAGUUCAUUCGUCCAGCCAGUCAUCCGUGUAUUGUACAUCCCAGUCGUUGUUCAUCCAAUCUCGUUCGCUUCGUUCUUUGUCCUUCCUUCCUUCCAUCCGAGUUCUGCUCUAAAAAGACGAAUUGAAUUUAUUUCUCUCUUCCUCUUUCUUUCAUUCUUCUCGGCUUUUGGCUGGAGGAAAAGUGAUGCUAAAAUUGAUGGCCUACCCCCGUUCUGGAAGAAGUGUAGGAGGAAGAACGAUCUUUUAUCCGUUGUUUAUUAUUUCUUUCUCGAUUGA